AUGAUACCAGAUAACGUGACACUUAUUGUGAAGGCUCCUAACCAACAAAUUGAGGACCAGAAUAUUGAAUGCCAGACUUCAUGGACAGUGAGACAGUUGAAAGGUCAUCUAUCUGAAGUUUAUCCAAGUAAACCGAAAACAGAAGAACAGAAAAUAAUCUACUCUGGCCAAUUACUAGACGAUAAUUCAGUAUUGAAGGAUGUUUUACGUAAUUAUGAGAACCCAAUACCUCACACAAUGCACCUAGUGUGCACAUCAAAGAACAAAAUGGACACACCCAUACCAAGUACAGAUGGACUACGAAAUAGAAAUGUUGGAGAGAGACCGAGCGAGACAGUGCGACCAGAAAUGAGACAGAAUGAUCAGAACCACACAGUUGAAAUGCAAAACUAUCUAAGCUAUUUUGUCAAUAAUUAUGGAAGGGUACCACCAUACCAGAAUUACAAUUUCAAUGAUAGAUAUAUGCCAAUGCAACAAGCCUAUAUGCAGUAUAUGCAACAGUAUGCUAAUUUAUGGCAAGCAUACGCAGUCAACACAGUACCCCCCCAGGAAGCGGCCCCCGCGCCUGCUCCUCCUCCGCCGCCUCAGCCAGUCCGAGAAGAGGAGGGUCUGGAUUGGUUGGACCAUUUAUACGUCGCGUCGCGGAUCGCUGUCUUCAUCUCGCUCUUUUAUUUCUACGGCAGUCCGGCGAGGCUGCUGCUAGUUGUAAUACUCGUACUGACUGGAUAUUUACAUCAAAUCGGUUUCUUCCGCGAUUUGCUGAUGAACCCUAACAAUAAUCUGCAACAGAACGACAGAAAUCGUGCUGAGCCGCCCCGACCACAAGCUCAGGCGGAUCCAGCCGCUCAGGGGGCGCAAGAGACCCCCCAAGCUGCGCCGGAAACACCGGACCCUUCAAACAACCAAAACCCACCAGAGGACGAGCAAUCGUUAUUCGCUGUCACUUGGACGAUAUUUACAACGUUUUUUGCGUCACUAAUACCAGAAGCUAAUUAA